CAAUGAGACAAAGAGGUCGAAUGGGACCAUAGCCUCACGUGGCCUUGCUGCAGGGAUGUGGUCGAUUGGCGCCCGAAAAGCAAGGAAUGCAACCAAGAACAAUCCACACAAACACUCUGGUUUGUUUGCUUUGUUCUUUCUUCUCUCUUCCUUUCUUUCUGUCUUUCUGUCUUUCUGUCUCCUUUCCAUCUUCCUCCUCAUCAUCGUUGUGUUGUUAUUUUCUCCUGUGCCUCCCGUAUGUCCUUGACCCCCUGUCUCAAAACAACAACGCCAGGCUCUUCUCUCCACCCGGCACCGUUGUCCAGCCGGUCCGAGUAUGCACGGCAAUAAGGAGACAGCGCUCGACCCCGAGCGCAUCCCCACGGGUGAUGGGGAGGCACGGACAUCUAACGACCGUGACAUCCUAAUCGACGAGUCUCCCGAGGCGAGUAGUCACAUCUCCGGCAUGAAGCUGUAUCUCAUUGUGCUAAGUCUAUUGCUCGCCGUGUUCUGCGUGGCUCUUGAUAAUACCAUCCUAUCCGUUGCCAUCCCUCGAAUCACGGAUGAAUUCCACCGGUUGAAUGAUAUUGGAUGGUAUGCGUCCGCCUAUCUACUGACUACGUGUGCCUUCCAAUUGCUAUAUGGCAAGUUGUAUGCCCUCUUCAGCACCAAAUGGGUCUUUCUUGUCGCCCUGUUUAUAUUCGAGGUGGGCUCUCUGAUCUGCGGGGUCGCACCGUCGUCCGUGGUGCUCAUCGUUGGCCGUGCUAUCGCGGGAGUGGGGAGCUCGGGGAUCUUCACAGGUGCUCUGGUCACCAUCGCGCAUAUUGUACCCUUGGCCAAGCGACCGGUUUAUAUGGGGAUCUUGGGAGGGAUGUACGGGAUUGCGUCGGUGGCAGGCCCGCUGUUGGGGGGCGCCUUCACUAAUGAAGUGACCUGGCGAUGGUGCUUCUACAUCAAUCUUCCAAUCGGAGGGGUUACCGCUGUGGUUAUCUUGUUUCUGCUUCGGAUCCCCAAAUCGGCGGACUUACGCACGCAUGGUGCCUGGGAGAUGGUGAAAGGCUUAGAUCCGUUAGGCACGAUCGUCUUCACCCCUGCCAUAAUCUGCGUUCUCCUUGCGCUCCAGUGGGGUGGGGUAGACUACGCUUGGUCGAAUGGACGCAUUAUCGCGCUGUUUGUUCUCUUCGGUGUGCUCCUAAUUACGUUUAUCAUCAUUCAGGUCCUUAUGAAGGAUAACGCCACCGUGCCGAUCAAAGUAGCCUCCCAGCGAUCCGUAGCGUGCGCCUCCGUUUUCGUCUUCUUCAUCGGCGCCUCCAUGUUUGUUAUGAUCUACUAUGUGCCGAUCUGGUUCCAAGCCAUUCGCAACCAAUCACCCGUGCAGGCCGGCAUUGAUUCCAUUGCCUUGAUUCUGGCCAAUACCACCGGCGCCAUCAUCUCUGGCGCUGUGACAAACAAGACAGGCCACUACGCCCCCUGGUUCAUCGUCAGUAGUGUGAUCAUGUCGAUUGGUGCCGGCUGCCUUACCCUCUUCACCGUGGAUAUUGCCCAAUCCAAAUGGAUCGGCUUUCUCUUCCUCUACGGCAUAGGGGUCGGCUUCGGCUUCCAGCAGGGGGCCGUGGCCGUUCAGGCCGUCCUUCCCAUGGCUCAAGUCCCCAUCGGAACCGCACUAAUCUGGUUUGUGCAGAUGUUGGGCGGUGCCCUCUUUACCUCGGUAGCGCAAAACAUCUUCAGCACCCACCUAGCGGACAACCUCGCGAACUUGCAACUGCCAGGUCUCGACCCAGAGGCAGUCGCGGGUGCCGGUGCCACCGGGUUUCGCCAUCUGGUCCAGCCCGAGUACAUGGACCAGGUGCUGGUGGCCUAUAACGCCGCACUGGUGGACGUCUUUCAAGUGGCCCUUAUCUGCAGCUGUCUCAGCAUUUUCGGCGCCGUAGGGAUCGAAUGGAGAAAUGUCAAGCAGAAGAGGUAACGUUCGAUAGCACCUGGCUAACUUUAUGACCCGUAUCUAGGGUUCCGCUUUUAGGGUUUCUUUCUCCUUCUUCUUUCUCUUCUUCUUCUUUCUUUCGUUAUGGUUCCCGCAUUAUUCAACAUUUGUGCACAUAAGUUCACGUUCCAGAUCAUCGGAAACCCGUUCUCAUCUCCCUU